GCGGCUCGGCUCCUCCUUCCCAUCGGCCUCGGCUGCGGGCCUUUCAAACAUGGAGGAGCGGGAGAGGGGGGCGAGGCCGGCCGGCGCCGGGAGCCCCGCGCGCCCGCCCAGCCCGCGGCUGGACGUCAGUUCUGACAGCUUCGACCCGAUGCUGGCCCUGUACGCGCCGCGCCUGCCGCCCAUCCCCUACCCCAACGCGCCCUGCUUCAACAACCUGGCCGAGUACGAGGGCUUCCUCCGGACCGGGGUCCGGGGCGGCGCGCGCGGUCGGGCGCGGGGCGCGGUCGCGGGCUCUAGGGGUCCCAGCGCCGCUGCUGGACCCUCGGGCCGCUCUCGCCGCCGCCCGGACGCCCCCGCCCCGGACCCCGAACGCAUCCAGCGCCUUCGCCGCCUCAUGGUGGUCAAGGAGGAAGCGGACGGGGCGGACGGGACAGCUGGGGCGCGCCGCCCAGGCCCGGGUCGGAGCAGAAAGGCGCCGCGCAACGUGCUCACGCGGAUGCCCCUGCACGAAGGCAGCCCUCUGGGUGAACUCCAUCGCUGUAUCCGAGAGGGGGUGAAGGUGAAUGUCCAUAUCCGCACUUUCAAGGGGCUGCGUGGCGUCUGCACAGGCUUCCUUGUGGCCUUUGACAAGUUCUGGAACAUGGCACUUACUGAUGUGGAUGAGACCUACCGAAAGCCGGUUCUGGGUAAAGCAUACGAGCGGGAUUCUUCAUUGACUCUCACACGGCUCUUUGAUCGAUUAAAGCUUCAAGACUCCUCUAAGAAGGAAGCAGAUUCUAAGUCUGCUGUUGAAGACUCCACCCUGUCCAGAUACUCACAGACAUCUACUUGGAAGGUGGCUUCAGUGUGGGGAAGAGGAGACACUGACCGGGACUCCCGCAAGCGCUCCCGCUCUGUCCCAUCAUCCCUGCAGGCGUCUGCAAGGGAAGAGUCUAGGUCAGAGCUGUCAGGGAGGACGACACGGACAGAAGGGUCAAGUGCAGGAGGCACUUUUUCCAGGGCCACCACCCUCUCCAGGGGCCAGUCCCAUAAGAAAAAACGAAAGCCCAAAGUGGAUUACCAGCAGGUAUUCACUCGACACAUAAAUCAGAUUUUCAUUCGAGGCGAGAAUGUCCUGUUAGUUCAUCUUGCACAGUGACCAGCUCAGCCUCCCUCACUUGAGCUCUGGUUUUUAGAAAUAAAGUGCAUGAAUUGCUGCUCUGCUGUAUCCUAGUCUCCCAGUGAAACUGAGUUGGAAUAAUUCCCUCUGGUCCUGCAUGUACAGAGGACAGAGCCAGGUACAGGCCCUCUGGAGAUGGGCUCCCUGAAUCAAGGGAGACAGGUCUUGGGAGAGUGAGUGGUGUUUGCUUUAAUGUCAAGACAAAAACUCUACAGAGAGACCUGCACUGAUAUGGUACCAUGAGUGUUCAGGCACUGAGACCAACUGUAAGCUGUUGCACUUGAAGUAAGGUCAUGGUAUGAAUUGAAUUCGCACCAUAGACGUUAUAGAAUGGAGGUGUAAACCACCUUCAAAAAGAAUGGCCUCAAAAAAGUGGGGCCCUGUGUCACAUUGCUCUUAUUCUAGAAGUAGCAGCAUGAACUUCUCUGGAGCCCUGUACCCCACCUUGUAACUGACUCUCAGUGGUGCUUGACACCAUUGUCUCUUGAUGGAGAAAUGCCAUUUACUAUCUUUGAAUGGGCAUAAGAUCUUAGAAAGUCACCAGUAAUGUAAGGGUGAAAUUUGGAUAGGUGGUCUACUCUAGCAGCAACGAAUGCUGUUUUUACCUCUCUCCCUGUUACGGAAAUGUGGGUACCCAUACAUGAGGCGCUUCUACCAACAGCAUACCAGAUGGGACUCUUUUUAAGAUACCUGCGUGGUGGUUUCUUGUCCUUCUCUCUACCUUCUGUGGCAUGGUGCUAAUGCAUGUAUCUGUAACUGCCCUUGUACAUAGCGUGACCUGUCCAUGAGCUCUAAGGCAGGAGACUGAGACCUUCAUGUCUGCCUGAAAGAGUCCUGCAUGGACUAAGUAAUGCCCAUGUGUAGCUAGGAGGCCCCAUUCUGACAGGCAGGCCUGGAAAGUAUCUUUCAGAGUGGUUUUGCAGUGACGUGGGGUGGUACUUUCCCUCCCUGUGUCAGGCCUAAGAGGUUUCCACAGUACACAGUGGGGACCCAGUCUCACUGGACUAGCAGGAGCCCCACACCCUCUAAUUCUUCUACUUGAAUCACAUGAGAUGCUUUUUCAGUCCCAGUGCAGAAGAGGCUGUCUCUCUUGACACAGACUGUUAGGUAGUAUUCACUUUUCAUUUUACUCAUUUAUGUUUGGUUUUAUUUUAAUUAAUUUAUAUUGAAAGUGAGAAAAAGAAAUAGCUAACUAGUUUAAAUGUUUGCAAAGAGAAGUUUCCUGUCCUGUAUUUAUUGUAUAAAUGAGAUGAGCCUUCAAGAAGCAGGGUGAUAAAGUUUAAAGAACUAGGACUCCUGGUCCUUCUGCCAGCUGGAACACUGGCUGGUCCUACAAUGAAAGGAGAGCCAACUUACUUCUUUGUGCCUCAGUUUUCCCUCAGAUACCUACCUCACAGGGCCACUGAGAUAAGGAAUUUUAGGAAGGUGUUUUAAAGUCUCUAAACAUGUGUAAGUGCCAUGAGUGAUGUUUCCUAACUAUUUCCUACUUGAUUAGAAUUCUGUGUCUUAAGUGCAAGGCUGGUGCUAUAUAGGAGGAGAUCGCCACUGUGCUCACAGAGCUGAUUUUGUGACAGGGGCAGUGACAGCUACAGGAAUGAUUCCCAUAGUCCAUGGAAGUCCUCAGAAGACUCAGUAUGAGGAGAGUAAAGUUCUCUUUCUGCUCUCCCUAUACCCCUACCCUGUUUUGGUCAUAGUCAGAAAAAAUUCCCUGAACUUCUAAAGGGGACUUCUGUGAAGAAACCAAAGGGAGAGUGCACGCCAAAGCGUGACAUGACCCCUGAGGGGAGUGAGUAAUGUUUUAUCUAUUUACACCCAGAUGUACUAAACAUUCAAAAGGCUCCAGGUUACAAACUUGAAUUUUGGAAUCUGCCAAGUAUAAAUUCUCUUCUAAAUUGUGUGUCUGAAAUCUCAGCUCCCCAAUUAACAGUUGUCUUCUUUGAGCAUCAGGCACCCCUGCUCUUCUUCUUUACCAAGUGUGUGGCUAUGCUAUCUACCGCCCUCUUGCCCUCAGCUAGAAGCUGUAAUGGGUACUAGAUUUUCCCAAUAAAGUAGAAAUUUGGAAUAUAAUCUGUUUUCUAUCCAUUCUAGUAUCUGAUUAAAUCUAAUCUGCUUUGUUUUCAUGUAAUUUUCUAUUACCAUACAGAGAUUGAUUUGUAACUUUUCUGCCCAACUUAACAAUUCUGACUGAUUUGAAAAUUGUGUGUCUAAUGUGCCUAAAUGAGUGAUUUUAGAAUGAGCACCAUAGAGGAAGUGUGCUGUUUUGUAUAAAGAUGAUAGUUAUUUUUAGAUAAAUAAAUUUUUAAAAUUCAUUACCUUUUAUUAUUGAAAAAUUUCAAUAAUAAAAAGAAAAAAUAAAAGAUCGUAAUAUGUAUGCUGCUCAAAAAAUGUCUUCAAUAUGGGACCUUUUACUAAGUUCUUUUCAUAGUGAAGGAAAAGGAAAGUAACAAUGGCAGAGUCCUACCAGCCCCACCCUCAAGGGGUCGGGGAGCUGCAGUGGUAUUUGAGCCCUGGGAAACUUAGUAGGAACACUUCUUUUUGAACAUCCACCCUUGGUUCUUUGAAGUAAUCCACAGGCAGAUGUAGGAGCACAAGACAGUUGAUGCCUGUGCACUUGCUGUGGCAAAUAGUGUCCAGCUCUGUUAGUGAUGUCAGAGCAUCAAGAGUGGAAAGUAAGGUUUCACGCCCAGAACUUUCUUUGUCCAUAGAUGUGAUUCUGCUCUAUCAUUAGGAGAAUUUGCACUUUAGGUAGUUGGUUCUAGUAUUUGAGAAGCAUUUAUACUUCAUUUCUGGGACACCCUCAUGACAGAAGUAGGACAUUUGUGGAUGUUAGCCAGAGUUAGCAGUGCCCAAGAUGAGUGACUGACCAGCCAGCCCUUGCUCUCUGUGUAUGGGCAUGUCAAGUCAGAAGGUUUAGUAAGCUGUGGCACUGAAGUCUGGGUGCACAACACCCAGGUACCAGUAGGGGGUCAGCAGGGGCUUUCUCAACCCUUGUGUGGAAAGAAUGCGGGAAGUCCUUAGAGACUGUCCAGUCAUGAGCUAUGAGCUGCUGUUAAUCCUCAGAACCCUUAGAGAACUACGUGUACCAUUCUAACUCUUUUAAAAGAACAAGCAGAAACCUGAUUUGGUGAAGAAUGGAUGUUUGUAUUUCUAUUUGUACUAUUCCCGUGGCAGCAGACCUGGGCAAAAUCCCAGAUUAGAAUUGGUUCUGUAAAUUGUUCUUUAAAUUUUGCCUUUAGGAAAAAAUUAAAAACUUCAAAGACAGCUUGCUGUUGCUGUUGCUGGUGCUGCCCCCAAAGCCUUCCAGUCUUUGAUGCAUUUAUAAUGAGUGAAGCAGUUGCCACGGGGCCGUGAAGGCUUGCAUGACUGUUGUGGAAUAAAUAGAAUGGUUUGCAACCAUUUUAACUUUUCUUUUCCCAUGCCAGAGAAAUGGUAUUUGAUUCCUUUUCUGUAACUUCUUCUCUUUCUGAGCAAUAACUCCCAAAGGCUUUCCUUAGUGAUCAUAAAGCAAGCAAGAAGUUCUUUUGUGGCCGACAUGCCAAGGGCGGGUGGCUGCCAUCACUUCCCAACAGUAGAGCUGGCUGAUUUCAGAUGAGCCAUGGGGAUAUCGAUCAGGGUCCUGGGCUUCCUGUACUUAAGGUAUUUUCAUGUGUUUGUAAGUUUUCUGCACUCUUCUACUGAAAUGAAAGCUCUCUCUCAAGAAAGGGUUUUGGGUGGUUUGGAGAUCUAGGGGAAAAAACAGCACACCUGAGACUUUCCAUUGAUCUUCUAUUUAUUUAGAAUAAAAAGUAGUUUAAUAAGAUAACAUAGGUAGGACUUUCAAAGCACCCUCUCUGAACAUAUGGAAAAUGUCCCUCAGGAAGCUCUAAAAGCUCUUCCCAGUACAGUGCAAUUUCUUUGAUUUUUAGUCCUUUGGAGCAAAUGUCUGAUGUUAUAGUUGAUGUUAAUAUUUUUUAGAGCUGUGGAGAAAAAAUGUCUAAACAAUUUUAAGGGGGAUUAUUUAAUCUGAUUAUCUGGCUGGUUUUGUUGUUUGUUUUGUGUUUGUGUGUGUGACUUAGCUUGCAGGGCAGCUGUCCAGUUCUUUUCCUGUUGUCCUGUGGUAAAGCAGAGAGUGAACCAUGUAUUGAAAAGUACUUUCUGGUGUCAUACUGACUCAAAAUUUUGCUUGGCAGCCAUGGGGAAACCUCUCUGCGCUGUAGCUUGUUGCUGAGUUGUGGACAGGGCCAAACUUGGAUGACUGUGUCUUUAAUAGUUUCACUAUUCAUGUACCAGCUGCUGAGAGAAAAACCAUGACUUGUCAUCUUGUCUUGAAAUUACUCCUAAUUGUUAAGUCCACCCAAAAAGCCUUCCUGUUCCGGGAGGAUUGCUGCUAAUGAUGUCUGUUUGCAGUGUUCUGCUUUGGUUAUAUGUCAUGGAGGAGUCUGGAAACUGUAAUAAAUAUGAUCGUAUUAAU